AUGGGCUUUGUUCUUGGAAAGGCCAAGUUGGCACCAUCCAACGGUCAUACAAUCCAUCGGCUUGAAUUAUGUUCCGCAGUUCUCGGUAUUCAAACAGCAAAAAUUGUCCUUGACAAUAUCGAUACAAACCUGAAAACAGUACAAUACUACACUGACACCAAGGUGGUACUGGGGUACAUACACAACAGCAAACGCCGAUUCUAUAAUUAUGUAUCUAACAGAGUAGACAAGAUAAGGAAAUACAGUGAACCUGGCCAAUGGAAGUAUGUCCCCUCGGCAGAAAAUCCUGCGGAUAAUGGGUCCAGAAGUGUAAAAGCAGAUGAGCUCCAAAGCAGUCAGUGGUGUGUGGGUCCACGGUUCAUAACCCAAACUUCGACAGAUCAUGAGGCAAAGUUUACACUCAUUGACCCAGAUUCAGAUCCGGAAAUUCGAAAAAAUGUUGAUGUCCUUAAAACCGACUCGAACACGAGUAUUUUGGGCACCAAGCGUUUUGAAAGAUAUUCUACAUGGACCAAAUUAGUUGAAACUAUAGCACGAUUACAGCAUAUUGCCAAGUCAUUUGGAGGCCACACUAACUGUAAAGGUUGGCAUCUUUGCACUGAGGCCAAAACAGUUGAAUCAUUUGAAAAUGCAGCCAAUGUCACCCUCAGAGAAGUACAACAAGAGGCUUACCAUAAUGAAUUGUCAUGCACUAGUCAAAACAAAGCAGUGCCAAGAAACAGUAGCAUCAUUUCACUUAAUCCGGUGAAGAUGGGCUACUUAGGGUCGGUGGUCGUCUUGCUAGGGCCAACUUGA